GGAUUGCACUUAUGCUAUUCAUUUUCUAAUAAAACAUUUUUCUUUUUCUUCCAGAUUCUUCUUCUCUUUCAUUUGCUCUCUCUCGUCUCUGACUUAAUCUCAUGGUCUAGGGUUUGACUUCUAUAACUUCUUAACUAAAUCGUAGUAAUAGGAAAGUCUCAGCAUUUCGAGCCAGAAUCUUCGAAGCCCCUUCGUCCCUCGACGACAUCGAUUACCUGUCGCCGCCCCCAGUUUGUUCUACCAGGGUGGAUCUGAGAGGAUAGAAGAUGCUUUCUGGAGUAAAGUUUAUACCUCGAGAUCAAGUUGAUAUAGCAGAAGAUGGAAACUCCAAUGCAAAGAGGUCGAAAUCUCAUAGUGGAAAGGAAAAGCACAGGAGAAAAAAGAAGAGCUCUAGUUAUGGUAGUUCAGAUGAUGAUCUUGAGAGAAUAACGAAUGGUUCAAGAAAAGGCAAGAAAUGGUACUCAUCUGAUGAGUAUUCAUCAAGUGAAAAUGACAGCAGCUCUGAGCAAGAUGAAAAGAAAGAUAGGAGUAGGAAAAGGAGGAGUAAGAGAAGUAAUGAUGAUGGUUCUGUGGAUGAGAAGCGAAGUAGGUCAAAGAAGAAAUCUAAAAGGAAAUAUUAUUCAUCUGAUGAAUAUUCUUUAUCUGAUUCUGAAGAUGAGCGCCAAAAAGGAAGUAGGAAAGAUGAAAAGAAAAAGAGUAGGGCAAGACAGAGUCAAGAGAACUUGACAGAUGAUAACUUGUCUGAUUUUGGUGGAGGAUCUUCAAUAAAGGAGCAGGAAAUUGUUAGGAAGGAAAUGGGGUUAGAGUGGAUGUUAAGGCCUGCAGAAAGGACAGAUAAAAGGCCUGUGGUGACUGUCAACAGCCAACCAGAGGAACCGCAUGACCAGGAGAUACCAAAAGUGAAUCCCAGGGAGUUGAACCCUUACCUAAAGGAUAAUGGAAGUGGCUAUCCAGAAAAUGGAGAUGAGAAAAAAUCCGGUGGGGACCAACUUUUGGCUUCUUCACUUGUUGGGGAUGGAGGUGCAAGCUGGCGACUUAAAGCCUUGAAGCGUGCACAAGAGCAAGCAGCCCGAGAAGGACGAAGACUUGAGGAGGUUGCUGAAGAGCGCUGGGGCUCACUUGGUCAACUAGCUGUAUCUGCAGCAUCUCAUAUGGCAGCUCCAUCCCGUGCUCAUCUGCAUGCCAUUAAAAAUAGGAAAAAAGGGCUAAAUGAGGAGCACCAAACUCCUGCAGAUAAUCAAAUUGAAAGAGAUAUCAACAAGAAAUCUGAUCGAGAUUACUUGCGGGAUGUAUCUCUUAGGCAUCCUGAAAUGAGAGCCCCCAAAGUUCGUGAUUCCUUAUCCUGGGGAAAGCGUAGAAGUCAAAACAUGUCUACCCAGGACUCUGACCUUAUUUCUGCUGCAGUGUCUGGCUUAAAUAAGUUUACAAAUGAUGGAAGCUUCAUGCACGAAUCUAACCGCAUGGAGAGUAAAGAGGCAGGUGGUUCAGAUCCAAAUGUCAAGGGCAAUGUAGAGUCAGAAGCAGUGUUAUCACGUACAAACAUACAAACUGAAAAUCCUGCAAUUGUUGACAAGGGACUGAGUGCCAACAAGUUGGCAGCUAAGGCUAUGCAGCUGCGUCUGAAAGGAAAACAUGAAGAAGCUGAUAAACUUUUGCAAGAAGCUGACAACAUGAAAAGGAAUCAGGGUGCAGGGGAUAAUUCAACUGAACCACAAGGAAACUCAAGCGGAUAUGUCAUUCACAAUAUAUCUAUCCGAAAGAAGGAUGAUGAUGCUGAUAUGCAUUUAGCGCAAAAGAUUAUGCGGAGUAAACAGUCUAGCAUAUCUGGUCGGGCUGAUGAUGAAUAUGAUUUUGAGGAUGGUCCAAGCAGGAAGUCGCGGAAAAAGAAGGGAGGAAGUGAUAAUAAGGGCUCUGAAAGGGCUAUGGUGAAGCGUAUCUUGACUCAGCAAGAGCGUUGUGUCUUUUGCUUUGAGAAUCCAAACCGGCCGAGACAUCUUGUUGUGGCAUUAGCAAAUUUCACUUACUUGAUGUUGCCACAGUGGCAGCCUGUUGUGCCUGGUCAUUGCUGCAUCUUACCAAUGCAGCAUGAGUCAUCCACAAGAACUGUUGACAAUAAUGUGUGGGAUGAAAUUCGAAAUUUCAAGAAAUGCCUUAUUAUGAUGUUUGCAAAGCAAGAGAAAGAAGUAGUGUUUCUUGAGACAGUGAUGGGUUUGGCACAGCAGCGUCGGCAUUGUCUGGUUGAAUGCAUUCCUGUGCCUGAAAAGAUUGCAAAGCAAGCCCCUCUCUACUUCAAAAAGGCAAUUGAUGAAGCCGAAGAUGAGUGGAGCCAACACAAUGCAAAAAAGCUUAUUGACACAAGUGUGAAGGGCUUGCGAGGUUCCAUUCCAAAGGAUUUUCCAUAUUUCCAUGUUGAAUUUGGUCUGAAUAAGGGCUUCGUCCAUGUAAUUGAUGAUGAAAAACAGUUUAAAAGCAAUCUAGGCCUUAAUGUCAUAAGAGGCAUGCUACAACUGCCAGAGGAGGACAUGUAUCGCAGGAGGAAGCAUGAGUCUGUGGAGGCACAAAAGCAGGCAGUUGCAGAGUUUGCUCGAGACUGGGAACCAUUUGACUGGACAAAGCAACUUGGCUAAGCAUUGAGAUCUGUCUAAAAGCAUUAAGGAUUUCUGCAGUUCUCUUGGCCAUCUUUUGUUUAUAUAGUUUCCAUAUGAUCUAAUUCCAGCCAAAUCACAUUUGAGAGUCGAAAUUGUGCAAUUGGGUCGGAAUCAUACUUUGUGUGAUUCCAAAUGAAUAGUAACAUUUUAGUGAGAUUCCUGUUGGAUUACACCAAGAUGUUGCCAUUACAAUUAGAAUCGUACUAUGUCGGUGUGAUUCCAGCUGAAUUGAACCAAAAUGGGGAGAUUUUAACUGUAAUUGUACCAUUCGUGUAUGAUUCUAAUAUGAUACCAUUCGUGUGAUUGUAGUUAAGUCA